GUAUUGUUAUUUUGGGUUGAUCAAUGGCUGAUGAGGAUGAUUCUCGUGUGGAACUGUUUGCCAAGGUAUCACCUGGCGAACCAUGGCAGUAUCAACGUCAGUUUUUCCCUAGUAAAUUAGGUGGAUUUCCAGCAUGGUUGGAACCUAAUAACUUGCCAUCUGAAGACAGUUUACAAUGUCCCGCGUGUUCUGGUAUUAUGACCUUUGUGUUACAGUUGUAUGCUCCUGAUGACGAUGAGCCUUCCGGUGACGCCUUCCAUCGCAUGUUGUAUCUCUUUGCUUGUCAGCCUUGUGGUACUAGUUGGCGUGUUUUAAGAUCGCAAUUACCUCGUCGCAAUCGUUAUUAUGAUUAUCAUCCCUCUGAGCCUGGUACUAUAUUCCCGUAUCCUGAUCCUAUGAUCGCCAAAUCAUGCUGCAUUGCUUGUGGCAUUCCAUCAAGUAGAGAACCUGACUCUAGUGAGGCUGUGGCUGCUAAAUGUAAAAUUGAAGAUAUAUCUGACUCAAUUCGUUGGCGUGGUUUACAUCCUCGCUGCAAAAUCGCAAUUACUCAUCAAACUCUGGAUGCCACUUUUCCGGAAUGUUUAUUGGACAUUUGUGAAGGUGAUAUCAAGGAACCUGAUGACUACCUCGCGUAUGAGCGCGAGUUAUAUCGUAAAUACCAGGAGAAGCGUGCUGCGGGAACUGUAAAAGACGACGAUAUGGAUGAAUCUGAGGAACGCGCUAUUGAAGAUAUUCAGCGUGAACGUUUAGUUAAAGAUGUAAGUUUCCAACGUUUUUGCAAGCGGACUACUCCGGAGGAUGUACUGUACUACUGUCGUGAUGGAAUACCUAUGUGGACUAGUGACCGUGCCCCUAGGUUAGAAUGUGCUCAACCUGGAGAUACGGGGUCAUCAGCUGAGGUACCGCUUUGUGAUCUCUGCGGAGGUCCUCGUGCAUUUGAAUUCCAGGUACUACCGCAGAUGUUGGUUCAUCUCAAGGGUACCCGUUUAGACUUUGCUUCUGUGGUAGUCUACACUUGCGCUGCUUCGUGCAGGCUUGAUGGCAAAUACCAGCCUGAAUUUAUCUACGUUGAGCGUGAUUACUCUCUGGCUGCCAAGUGACGUUGCGGUGGAUAUAUCCAUGAGCAGG